UCUUGGAGACCCUACUUGGAGCUCACACGCUUCAGCAAGCCCGCUGGGCUCUUGGGCUUCUACUUCCCCUACUUCAUCGGCUUCCUCUACUCGGUCAAUCUGACCAACCCGAAAGGCCUGUCCGCAGUCGACUGGGUCAAGCUGAGCACCGUAUUUCUGCUCGACGGUCUUAUCCUACGCAGUUUUGGUUGUGCUUGGAACGACACUGUCGACCAGGAUCUUGAUCGCCAAGUCGAACGUUGCAAGAAGCGGCCCCUUGCCCGUGGUGCUAUUACCACGCCAGAUGCACUCGCCACUACCCUCGUCCUCACCCUCAUGCGCCACGCCUUGCUUUACGCCACGUUGCCAGCUCGUGCGAACCAGCAUGCUCUACUAGUAACCGUCCUGGGCUUCAUCUACCCCUUCAUGAAGCGCAUCUGCAACUUCCCACAGCUCUGCCUCGGACUGGCCGUGGGCUGGUGCAUUUUCAUGGUCGAUGCUGCUGUGGCUGAUGGACCCUAUGCAGACGGCUCGGCCCCGAGAUUCAACGAACAGGACCGCACCAAGGCCACAAUUGCCAUUUUUGCCUGCCAAGUGCUCUUCAACAUCACAUACGAUACCGUCUACGCAUUCCAGGACAUCCAGGACGAUCUUAAGGCAGGUGUAGGCUCACUGGCUAUC